AUGGGGUUUAAAGCCCCAGAUGGAAGUAAUGAUUUGAAAAAUAAUGACACAACUCAAAAGAAUGAUGAAAAUUCAUACAAAAUAUCAACAACAGUAUCGAUUACUAAAUCUUUACAUACCAAAUCUGAGGAUCAGCCCUGUGUAAAUAAUAUGGUAAAUCCAGAAGAAAAUAAGGGAUUAUACAAACAAAAACAUACUAUAAGGAGAAACUUGAGUGCUGCAUCUAUAUUUAAGAAUGUAGCUGUUAGGAAUAAAAUACUUUCUCCAAAUGAAAAUGAUGGUCAGAAAUACAAAGAUUCUACUAUGGAUAGUUCAUGCCAAGCAUAUUCUCGAAAUCAUAUAGAUUUAUACAAUAAAUAUGGUUCAAAUAUAAUAUCAGAAACAAUGAAAUUAAAAAUACAACACCUUUUAAAUAAACACAAGAAUGGUAUAUUAUGUAAUGAGUUUUUAAAUGUUUAUAAGAACGAGUAUAACUGUGACUUCAAUUUUUCUGAGUAUGGAUUUAGUAGCAUGAAAGAUAUGGCAUACAAGUUACCAUCUGUGUUUUUUGUAAAAUUAUCUGAAGAUGGCACAGAAUAUAUUCUAUUUGAAGCUCAUGUAAUAACUGAACUAGAAAAUAAACUAAAUGAUCCAUCAAUGUUUUAUACUAAUAUCCCGAAAACUAUAUUAGGCAACCUUUCACAGAUUUUUGAUAAGUAUAGAACUGGAGUUAGACUUGACAAAAUUAUGAUAUUAUAUCGUUCAAACUAUGGCCGAUCAUAUGAACCAUUGAAUUAUGGCUACUCUUCUGAAAAACAUAUGUUUGAAUCUUUAAGCAAAAUGGUAAAAAUAAAAAAUGAUGUGCUGUAUACAGUAGAUCCUUUUGCCUAUACAAAAUCAUCAAAACCAAUAAAUCCGAUUGAUUUUCAUGAAAAAUCUGUUCUUGCAUUACCGGAUAAUGAUUUUCUAUUGGAUUACUCGAACAAUGAUAUCUGUAAUGGAAGAUUUAAGUAUUAUACAAUUAAGUUAAAUGAUUUAAAGUUAAUCAAUGUCAUUGUUGCUGAAAUUUACAACCCAAGUUCAUUUUAUAUUCAAUUAGCAACAGAAGUCAAUACUCUGAAUAAUUUCAUGGACAAAUUGCAAGAGUUUUAUAAUGAAAAUGAAGAAAAGUACAAGGUUUUACCGAAAUUAAUUUUCCCAGAAUUGGCAUGUAUUUCAUGUAUUAAAGAUACCAAUUUGUGGCACAGGGCAAAAGUCUUAAAAAUAGUUGAUGAAGAAAAUGUGGAAUUGUUUUUUGUUGAUUAUGGAUCAGUUGAAAUAGUACCAAAAAUAAAUAUCAGACUUUUGCAAUCAACUUUUAGCGCAUAUGCUGCUCAAGCAAUACACUGUGGCUUGCACAAAUGUAUUGAAUACAAUUAUUCACGAGAAAUAAGUGAAUCUUUUGCUGAUAUGGUUGAGAACCAAGUACUUGAAGCAAAGGUUCAUUCACCAAUUCCCAAAGAUAAUUCUGAAAAAUUAAUGAUCACAUUAUUUUUAAAUACAAAAUAUCAUGAUAAAGUUAAUAUAAAU